AUGGCCUUGGUCGACGCUUACUACGUCUUCAGGGCCUUUACUGGCCUUGGGUUUUACUCACAAUGGAUUGUCAUGAUGCAGAACGGCUCUUUCAUGACAAUGCUUUGGACCAAUCUGAAAGGAGUGUUUCCCACUGGCACCCCUGUCAAGACUUCCUGGACAGGCAUUUGGCCCGUUGACUUUGUUCUCGGCCUGCUAGUUGUCUUUUUUGGCGCCGUCAACAACGUGGCGGACUUGAGCGAUCUUGGUCCAUUCCUGAUGCUGGUGGAUCUGGUCUUUGCACUGGUUGUCUUCAACAUCAUGACAUUGGUUGAAGAUCGUCGAAACAGGAAAACAGGCCCACUGAGAUAUCCGGCGGUAUGGCAGUUCUUGUGGAACUGGUGUGGCGCGGCUUCCGUGCUCCCCGUGUAUUGCCACCUGUACGUGUCGAAGAGACUAGGCAGCAAGACUUCGCUCCUUUCAAACGACCAGGCCCAGGCCCUACCACUUACGGCACUCUGGAGUAUCGUCAUUUCGCUCCCGCUAUUGCUCCCUUCAGCCCUGGGAGCCCAGCCGUUUGAUAUCCAGGACGGCGUGGUAGUCUGGUUCUUUGGCCCUUUCUUCCUGGGCCUGUUCCAAGACCUUGUCAGCGUCCUGUUUUCCGGUGAAAACUACAAGGGAAUUCGCAAGCCAGUUACUCUCGCUUACUGGAUUGUUGGCCUCACCAGCGCUGUGGUCCACAUUGGAGUUGCAGUGUGGGCUUACACUGCUCCCGAGUUAUCGUGGUAUCGCGUUUACUGGCCUAAUCAUGCUGCUGUCAUAGCUGACAGCCCGACUUACAUGACUGAAGGUGCAAUGCUCUUCAUGCAAUAUGACCAUGUCCUCAUCUACCUGUGUGUGAUCGGCAUGGGGCUGUACAUGCUCAGUCCUCAGAAGGCUGUAACUUCUACCUUUCUGGGAGAGAAGAUCAGGGCGGGCUGGCCGAUGGUAAAACUGACUGCCAUUACCGCAGCUGCAGGGCCCGGAGCGGGUCUGGCAUGGCUGAUGUGCCACAGGGAAGGGGAGUUGGAUGCGGCAGCCGAACAGAGGAAACGCAGAUGA